CCACCAUCUGCGCACUUCGUACGUCACUUGAUUGCUUUAACUGAUAAUGUACUUUGAAAAGGUGGGCUGCUAUCGAACUGUCAUGCACUGAAGUGUCAAAAUUAAAAAGCAAAUCGAGUGGGGGUUCAGAGUCAAUGACAUCCAGUGUCAAUAGUGGAAUUUGUUUCUCGGGAAAUUUAGUUGUCGAGUGAAUGAUUCUGGUGGGAUAUUAAUUCGGAUAACCUAAUGAGGAUGAUGAAUAAUCAGCUGGAUAAUGACGAUGGGCAGAUGGUGAACUUCGAUACAGCCACCCUCAGGAUCGCCAAGGAGAACGAUGAUUCUGACAACAAAGACACGUAUGCUCGUGCACCAUCAUCAACAGAUGCACCGAGAUCAUCAGCCACCAAUGUCGCGAGUAUUCCAUUUCGACGCGUAGACGUUCACUCGUUCUUCUCGGAUAGAAAUGAAGUUGUCGAGAGGGCGAUCAAGGAGUGCCAGGAGACACUGCUCACUGAUCAGAAUGAUGAGAUCGUGGGCACUUGGUUGUUAACAGAAAUAAGCUUGUGGGACACCGAGAAGGAGAGGAUCGUCAUCUUGACAAAGAACUCUGUACUAACAAUAAAAUACGACUUCAUAUCAUUAAAAGUUAUAGCGUUCCAUAGAAUUCCCCUGGGAGACGUGGAUACAGUGGCCUAUGGGGAGCUGGAGUAUCCAGCUGCCUCAGUAGCUCCUCGAUUAAACGGAUUUGCCGACGGAUUAUCUUCGGUAAUCCAGUGUGCGAUACGUCAGCAGUGGUCAUCGAUUGCUGGGCGAACUGACAUUCAUUUCGAGCCCAGAAAGCGUAAUAUGAAUGGAGUGAGGAUAAUGUGGAAUAAAGGGAAGCCCCUGUCGUUCGAGAAGAAGUGGAAUCCCUUUGGCAAACGCAUUCCGUGGCUCACGUUCGCUAAUCAUCCUCUUUAUUGGCACAAAGGGUCAAACGAAGAAAUAUCAAGAUUCGACGCCGACGCCCUCCACUCAGCCCUAACAACAGUUCUCUCAGACUCCUGUAGCUUCAUGAAUCAGCCCCUCAUAGUGGAAAACUACCUGGGCCUGGGAGCACUUAUCCACAACAGGAAUUCCUUGGGAUUCUUCAAAGUCCGUGGCAAAGUCAGCUUCUAAUCGAGAACAAACGACCUAACAAUUCCACUUCUAAUUGUAUUAACUUCCAACUCAUCCAAUCUGCAUGUUCUACCUGAUUAAUAUAUUUCAACUCCAUGCUUUAUGAAUAAAUUAACGGAAUAACUAAAAAUGGCUGGAGUGAUUCAUUCGUGCAUUCUCGACACAAACUAUUGUCCUUACACCUGCGAUCACCUGGGAGGGACUAUACUCUCUUGGUAUUGAUUUAACAGAAACACACGGUAGUAUUCUCCACCGCUCGAUGACAAUAGUGUCGCAGAAAUGUUAAAGAAUGUAAUGCACGAGUAAAAAUAAACAAAAACAUUGAUUUCAAAGUAUCAAAGACAGGAAUAAUGCACAAAAAAUCGAUAAUAAUUUCGCUUUAAACUCCAGUUGUGUGAGAAUUUAUCAA